AUGGCGCAACCGUCCCUUGGUGCUCAGGCGUCCCGUUUGGCGCGAGAUUUUACCCUCAACGGUGUGUCCCGAACGCGCAUGCCCAAGCUCGUCUAUGGCACGGCCUGGAAGAAGGACGAGACAGCCAGGCUGGUGUAUACAGCUCUCAAGGCUGGCUUUCGCGGCAUCGAUACAGCCGCUCAACCGAAGCACUACAAUGAGCAAGGCGUCGCAGCGGGCUUCAAAAAGGCCGUCUUGGAGGGAAUUGUGAAGCGCGAGGAUGUUUUUAUUCAGACCAAAUUUACACCGCCCAGUGGCCAAAACGAAAAUGCGCCGUAUGAUUUCAGCGCAUCCGUUGAAGACAAGGUGCAUCAAUCUGUGCGGUCAUCUCUCAAGAACUUCACAAUAGACGGCCAGGACGCAUAUCUUGACAGUCUUGUGCUGCACUCCCCACUCGACACACUCGACGACACCAUAGUGGCAUGGAAGACCUUGGAAGGCUAUCACCCGCACAAGAUUCGUAACCUGGGCAUCUCCAACGCCACGCUUGGCAUCGUCGAAGCACUCCAUAGCCGUGUUACCGUAAAGCCGGCUAUUGUUCAAAACCGAUUCUAUCCAGACACCGAUUACGAGGCUGGGCUGCGCGUAUUCUGCAAGGAGCACGAUGUCAAAUUCCAGUCAUUCUGGACCAUUGGAGCGAACCCUCACUUGAUCAAGAGCCAGCCAGUCGUGAAUGUUUUGCAAGGGGCCGGCGUUGGUAUUGUGCCUGCUUACUAUGCACUGGUCAUGGGCCUGGAAGGAAUCACAAUUCUCGAUGGAACUACUAAAGAGGCUCACAUGAAGGAAGACCUAGAUGGCCUCGAGCGCGUCGGCGCCUGGGCUGACGGCGAUGGUGAGGCGACGUGGAAGAAGGCUCUCGGUGAAUUCAAGCAACUUAUCAAGGAGCCCUAA